AUGAGUGUCGAUGAGCAAACAACUGCGACUGAUCAAUUACCAACAAGUUCAACAAAUUUAGAUCAAGAAACAUUACUUGCACUUGUUGCUGUUCGUCCUCCGACACCAGAUAAAUGUGCUGUUUGUUUAAAUAAUAAACAAACAGAUAUUAUUGCUCGAAUUGAUUCUUGUUCACAUACAUUUUGUUUUCCUUGUAUACUUGAAUGGUCAAAAGUUCGUGCUAUAUGUCCAUUAUGUAAACAACCAUUUAGUUUAAUAACACGUGAACGUUAUUCUGGUGAAGUAGUUGAAGAAAUUCGUGUACAAACAUCACGACGAUCAACAUUACCACCACCAGCACUUAGUAGUUUUAAUGAUGUUCUUAAUUGGUUUGAUAAUCGUCGUCAAAGAUCAGACAAUUCAAAUGAUCACAGACGUAAUGAUAUAUUUCGACAAAUGAUUUAUGUUGAAUGGUUAAAUACAUUAGAAUCUAUUGUUCGUCGACCAAAUAACAAUUCAAGAAAUUCUUCUCAUUCAUCAGUAGUUCGUUCAGUAAAUCCAUCAUCAUCUCGAUUAAGUAUUAUUUCUCGUGAUUCAAUACGUCAUCUGCUUCAUCGUUAUGUACGUCAAACAACAUCAGAAUUACAACAAUCAACAAUUUAUUCACAAUCAACACGACAAACAGUUGCAUUUCGUAAAUAUAUUUAUAUCAAUCGUUUAUUUGUUCAUAGUCCAUUACUUGGACAUAAUCAUGAUACAUUAACUAUACGAGAAUGUUCACCAACAUGGUAUGCAUCAAAUCAAGCUUGUCUUCAUCGUCUUGUACCAUUUUUAGCACGUGAAUUAUUAGCUUUAUUAUCCAAUGAUGAACGAACAAUUGAACAUAUAAUACGAGAAAUUUUAACAACUAUACAAUUACAUCAUAUACGUUCAAAUUAUUUAGCAAGAAAAUUAAAUGAAUAUCUUGGACGUUAUACAAAACAUUUUAUACAUGAAUUUUAUACAUUUGCACGUUGUCCAUAUGAUUUAGCUGGUUUUGAUCGUCAUGCACAAUAUCCAACAUUGAAUUCAUCAUCAUUAGUCAUACCACCGUUAGAAAUCUCAUUAGAUGAUGAUAAUAAUGGAGAUGAACAUUCACCAAUUAUACUUGAUGAAACUCCUGAUAUAUUAGCAAUUGAUACUAUUGAUAUUGUUUCUUCACCACAAACAACAACAAUCGAAUCUGAAGAACGAUCAUCAUCACCUGAAUGUGAAAUAGUUGAAUAUGUUGAACCAAAUAUUGAAAGAACUCCUCCUAGUCUAAUUGUUUUGUCUGAAGAUGAUGACGAUGAUGAUAUUAAUGAAUUACAAAUACAAGCAUCAUCAUCAUCAUCUAUGAAACGAAAAAAUUCUCAUGAUGAUCAAAAACCUAAAAAACAACAAACAACUACAAUAUUAAAUUCUCCGACAAGUGUCAUUUUAGAUGAUGAUGAUCAACAACAACAAAUGAAUAAUUCGAAUCAAGAACAAUUAGAAAGAGAAGACAAUUAA